AUGAAUGAUCAGUGGGUAACUUCUGCUGGGGGUCCAUCCAGCGCUUCUGCUCCUCACACACCAGGGGAUCGACCACUCAAGAGUCCUAGUCAUUUUCCGCGGUCUCACUUCUAUACCGAAGGCAGUGAUUCAGGGGAGGACUCGCACAUGCUGGGAUUCAUGGGCCCUUCUUCUUCCGAAGAUAACUUCAAUAGUCAUGUUAUGGUUGAGGCAGGCGAUGAAUCUGAGGGCGGAACUACUUCACAAAUGAACCUAGUGAGUGGCCGACAAAAUGAUACAGAAGAAGAGAUAGCAGCAUUUGAAGGAACUAUGGAUGACCAGGCGACGCUUCGAAUGAGUCGGGGAAGUGAUGCUUCUAAUUCUAGCGAGGGAAGUUCAGUUAGCAGUGUUAGACGAAGACAAAACGCGAGUCUCGGAAAAGCCCCCAUGAGGGAAGACAGCUUAGGCUAUAGUGUUUCUACUGCUGGCUAUCAAGCAGACAUGUCAACCACUUUAGAUCGGGUUCCGAGCUCGUCCAGCUCUUCUCGACGAAAUACAACGUCAUCUAGGUUUGAUCGCAGACCUUCCAAUCAAUCUUCGUCAUCGAGGCGAACCUCAACUCAAUCUAAUAAGAGCAGACGAACAUCAUCUUCUUCAAAUUCUCUCGCGGAGCAGUCGCCAAGAAGCUCGGCUAAUCUUACGAAUUCACCUCCGGAUGAUGACGCCACACCAACUAUAUCUCGGUCCCCCUCGAGUGUUGUACAAAGGCAGACGAGAGAUCGAGAAUCUGCACGGGGCGAAGUUGUAGUUCCUAGAUGGCAGCCGGACUCGGAAGUUAUUCAAUGUCCUAUUUGUAAUGCUUGGUUUGGUUGGUUAAACAGAAAGCAUCACUGUCGAAAAUGCGGCCGUGUGGUCUGCAACUCUUGUUCUCCGCAUCGAAUCACAAUUCCCUAUCAAUACAUCGUACAACCUCCAGACCAUCCGUCUCCAUACAAUUCUGUGGCCUAUAAUCGUCUCCAUGAUCCACAGGGCGAAGGACGUACAAAUACUCUAGAGUUUGGAGGAGGAGAUAGAGUUCGUCUGUGUAACCCUUGUGUACCUGAUCCGAACGUAGCUCCACCUCAAACCAACCAAACAGGUUCUAACACAGAACCUCGAUACAACAUUGGGCACCACGGCCGAACACGAAGUUCUAUCGUUCCCUCUACAACUAUUCCAGGAAGCCUACCAGCGGAGUCUCGAUUUCGACUUGCGGAUCAUCGUUCACAUACAAUUCGUGAUCAAAGUACUUCUAAUAGAUAUUCACCAUCCGGCAUGAAUCCCACUCCUAGAACAGCGGAAGAGUUUCAGACUUGGUACAGGGAGCGAGCUGGUCUGAGCUCUGGACAAAGUGUACGUUCAAGAAGCUCGACUGUUGCUGGAACUGGACGGGAUGCAACUGAAGAUAUGUUUACAUUCCUCAGGAAUGUGCGAGGCCCGUCCGCUAGCGUUCAGACACCACCAAACGCUGCUGUAUCAACAGCAGCCAGGCAAUAUGUUCCAUCAGCAGAAGAUUUGCGUACCCGUCCUUUACCACGACCACCUCAGAUACAAGAGGAAGAUGAAUGUCCCAUCUGUCAUCAUGAACUCCCUUCUAGAGCUCUCGUUAAUUCCGAAACCCUUCGAUCUGAUCAUAUAAUGUCCUGUAUCGAUCGCGCCACAUCUAGGAUGUUUAUCAGUGCUCCAACCUCAACACCUUCCCCACCAAUCCCGACAACAACACGUCCGGCGCCACCUAUCACGCAAUCAUCUACUCAGUCAACUUCCUCCCUUGCUUCAACUUCUUCUACAGUAGCCGCACCUCCCCCUCUUGCAUCAAACCCUUCAGCUGGCCCCUCUCAACCUCGACGCACCGGAGUAUUUCCGUAUAUUGCUACGGAGAAAGAUUGUCAAGACGAUGCGGAAUGCCAAAUCUGUUUAGAGGAAUACGAACCGGGAUUGGAAAUGGGACGAUUGGAAUGCUUUUGUAGGUUUCAUUUGAGUUGUAUCAGAAAAUGGUUUGAGAAACAUCCGGGAAGAUGUCCGAUGCAUCAGCACGACGAAUAUGGAUAUUGA